UAUCGAUCGUGUAAAGAGGGCGGCACCGGGCAUCAAAAGCUUCCGUCCAUUCCCGCUAUUUCACCGGUUGUAAAAAGUUCGUUUUUUAUUAAUAAAAAAAAGGUUUUGAAAUUAAAAUUUGCAAAAUAUGUUUGCCGUAAGAAGAACAUUGGUUUCCAAUUUAAUUCGUAACAAGGAAAUUGUGACAAAAUCUAAACACACUUUACCUGAUUUGCCCUAUGAUUACAAGGCACUUGAACCAAUAAUAUGUGCUGAAAUAAUGCAACUUCAUCAUUCAAAACAUCACGCAACAUAUGUUAAUAAUUUGAAUAUUGCUGAGGAAAAAUUGAAAGAAGCUGUUGCAAAGGGCGAUGUUAAUACACAAAUUGCAUUAGCUCCUGCAAUAAAAUUCAACGGUGGCGGUCAUUUGAAUCAUUCCAUAUUUUGGAAUAAUUUAUCUCCAAAUAGUGGAAAACCUGAUGCCGCUCUCUGUCAACAAAUUGAUAAAGAUUUCAACAGUUUUGACGAAAUGAAGAAGCGGUUAUCUGAAGCAACUGUGGGAAUACAAGGAUCAGGCUGGGGUUGGUUGGGUUAUAAUCAAAAGGAAAAAAGACUUCAAAUUACAAUUUGCGCUAAUCAAGAUCCACUUCAAGCGACAACUGGUCUUAUUCCAUUAUUUGGAAUUGAUGUAUGGGAACACGCUUAUUAUUUGCAAUAUAAAAAUGUUCGACCCGAUUAUGUGAAAGCUAUUUUCGAUAUUGCAAAUUGGUCCGAUAUUAAUGCUCGUUUUAAAAAAGCAACAGGUUGCUAAAUAUUUUUGCAUUGCGAAUUUGUAGUUUUUUUUUUAAAUUCAGAUAAAUCUACAUCAUUUUUCAAAGAUGAAAAGUUUUUAAAUAAUAUAAUUAAAGGUGUGUGAAAUGAAUUUAUAAUUAAAAAUAUGGAUUCAAAUUUUUUUUUCCCCCCAAAUAAAAUUUAAACUAUUUUCACACACCUUUGAUAAAAAAUGUUAAUUUUUUAAUGCGUUUUAGAAUUACUGUGAUUUUUUUUAAAAAUGCACUUUCUGUAUUCUGUAUUCUUAUUGACAUAAUACAGUUUUUUUUAGGAAUUAGAAUUAUCUUUAUUUAAAGACUAUUUUUAGUACAAAAGCUUAUCACAAAAUAUCCUGGCGUAAAAACAUGUGUGAAACAGACCACUUCCCUUUCUUUAAGGCUUAUUUCUUUCUGUAAAGGAAGUGAAAUUUUUUCGAAGGGAAAAAAAAAGACCUCACAACGCGUUUGUCAAUCGUGACGAUAGCUACACAAUAUUAAUUUAAUAAUUUUAAUAAUUAAAAUUAUUUCCAAAAUAAACGUAAGAAAAUUAAAA